AAGCCAUCUGAGGAGUACUCGUCAGUACUGUUCAGACCUCUUAUUUCAUUUGACGGAAUCGUGUCGAGUGGAUAUUCAUAAUAAAUUCACUGACGUGGGCUUAUAUGUGUUGAAAUUUACAUACAUACUUAUAUUGUGCUGAAGAAACAAAAAUCAGGUGUAACAUAUUCUAAGUGAUUUGGCAGUAAACAUUUUAUCUUCAAAAUCAAGCUUAAAAUCACCAGCUAAAAUAGUUCAACAUCAAGUCUCUGUUUAUCACUUUAAUACAUUCUGAUAUAUACUCUGCUAUAUGUAUAUAUACAAAAUUGAAGUUAUAAAAUUACGUGGAUUUGCAAGCUGGUGAUAAAUAAGUUCGUAUGUCAGCCUCAAACCUUAUUGAUAUAUCAAUAAAUGAAAAAAAAUGCUAUAGAGAAAUAUCUAUUAAUGGAGAGCCAAAUUUAACUGCAUUAAAUGAAUCGGAUUUGGUUAUGAGUUUAUCUCCAAAAGACAUACUUAUACCUUUAGCCAUUUCCCAGCAUCACCAACUGGAGCCUCCUAACAAAUUAAAUACAAACGAAACAUCGGCACAGAACCCGAUUUCAACAGCAGCCGCUGUAGCGGUUGCACAUCACCAUCAGAAUAUCUCAAAUAUUCACCACCUCCAGAGCCUGCACAGUCAGCAUCAGAGUUCGUUAUUUAAUAAUAAUCACUCAACACCAUUUAGUGUCACCGAUAUUUUAAGUCCAAUAGAGGAAUCAUAUCGCAAACUGGAACUAAACGGAAAUCCCCCAUCUCCGUUUCGAUCCAAUUCAAGUGGUAGUAGCAUAAAUUCCCCCGGAACAUUAAGUGCUUCAACUAUGGCUAAUCCAUACGCUAUGGGAUCCUUAUAUCAUAGUCCGGGAGUGCAAAGCUAUUGCGGACCAACAGAUAAUUUAUCUCUAGCCGGCCACUACACAGACAUGAGAAGUUCUGCAUCAUGGUACGGUUCAACGGCCAAUGAUCCAAGAUUUGCAAUAUCCCGUCUAAUGAGUACGACAGCCAGUGGAUCAAUGAGUCACAUGGGAAAUAUGAGUGGAUUAGCAGCAUGCAGUGUUAGUGAUACCAAACCACUGCAGUUUCCUUUGGCGCAGAGGAGAAAACGAAGAGUCUUAUUUACUCAAGCUCAGGUCUAUGAACUUGAAAGAAGAUUCAAACAGCAGCGCUAUCUAUCUGCACCAGAACGAGAACACUUGGCCAGUCUUAUUCACUUAACACCAACACAGGUAAAAAUUUGGUUCCAGAACCACAGGUAUAAAUGUAAAAGGCAAGCGAAAGAAAAGGCAAUGGCGGAACAAAACCAACACAAUCAGUCAGCAAGUUCACCAAGACGGGUUGCGGUUCCAGUCUUAGUUAAGGAUGGAAAACCGUGUUCCGGAAGUAACAAUACAACUCAGUCACAAACACAUGGUAAUAGCUCGACACCUUCGGGCAAUAAUAGCAGUGCUAGUAAUAGCGGAAAUGCCAAUAGUGGAGCAGUAGCAGUAUCUUCCAAUGUAACGAGUGGCCUCAAUCUUAUAUCAGGAGAUGCACCUAAUUCACACUCACCUGAUACUUCUUCAUCUCUACUUGCAAGUUACGGAACUGUUGGAGGUUCCAAUGUUGCUAUGUUACAGCAGCCCUGCAAUAAUACUCUCAUGUCAAAUAGUUUAGCUAUGGCAUAUAGAAACCAAAAUAAUUUUAUUUCGAAUGGUCAUCAGCAGCAGUGUGGAGGAUAUUUGCCAUUACAAGGUAGAGCAUGGUAAAUCUUUAUACAUAAGUAUUCGAUUCUUUCGGUAGUGUAUUUCAUUCGGUUAUACUGUAUGUAUGUAUGUAUGAAAUAAUGAAAAAAUGUUUAGACAUGAA